AUGGCCUUCUUUUCUUACGUGUCUAGUGUAAUUGUUCUUCUUUUUGUUCUCAAUUUGUCAUCGCCAUUAUUCAUUCAUGAGGCUAAAAAUCUGGUUGUAGCAAACACCAACUUGAUUCAAUCAUUAUGCAACUACUCCGAGACACCUCAAACUUGUAAUAAGUGUGUGCAGUCCUGUAACGCUUCUGAGAAAGCUGAUGGUGUUCAAAUAGCCACAAUCAUUCUGAAUUGCAUCAAAGACGAGGCAACUACCUUGGCACUCAACGUGACAAACUUAGCUUCAAUUUCAGAUGGAGAUCUCAAGACCCUUUGUCAAACAUGUGCAAAAGAUUAUGGAUACAGCAUUCCCAAGGAGAUAGAUUCAGCUAAGCAGUCCUUGCAAAUUCAACAAUAUGAAAAAGCUGAAUCUUUUGUGGUUAGUGCUCUGGAUAUUGAUAUUGAUUGCCAGAAGAAAUUGAAGAGUUUUGGCCCUAAUAAAGUGCCAAGUGAUAUUUUUAAUGUUACCACUGCAUAUGAGGAGCUCUCUGAGGCUGCUUGUAGAAUUAUUGAAAAGCUUUAA